GAUGGCUUUUUAAGUAUCUUCAGUUGUGAUGAUACCUGAAUCUGGGUGUUUUUUUGGCAACAUUCAAGCUUUCGUGUGUUUUAGUGAAGGCUGCACGCGAAGAAAUGUGCUGGAAAUCGGAAAGAAAAACAGGAAACGAGAAGCAUCGCGAAUGUGAGAAAGCCUACGAUCACGCCGCUGCCACAGUAGACAUUGAACAGAUGUCUUCGUGGACAGAGGAGUACUCCUUGCAUCAGCGGCGUGCCUCUUCAAUGUUGCACGCCUGAACAUUUUGUUAAGAAGAACACCCAUCACAGUGGCUCCUCAGUAACUUUAUAAAGACUGCAGGUAUUAAGGUCGUACAGAGGUGGAGUGAAGAAACGUAUCGCCGCCUUGUGAAAUUCCAGCCCCGCUAAAUCUUGAAAACGGCAUUUCCCCGCCUCUGGUCUUGCCGCGCGCCAGUAUGCCAGGAGCCAUGGAUCGCAUGGAGCUAAGUAAAGUCUCCACAGAGGCUGACGACGACAGCGGCGACAGCCUGGACGACCGCUACACAGAGCCCAUUGACUCCGAGAAGGCCACCAUCAGCAGCCAAUUUAUGGACGACAAUGACGACGCGGAAAGCCAGAAGUUCCUCUCGAAUGGGAUGAUGAAGAAGAAGAAAUAUGAAGAAUACCAUGAAGAAUAUCAUCCUGGCCACACCUCCUUCGGAAUGUCCGUCUUCAACUUGAGCAACGCCAUCAUGGGCAGCGGCAUCCUGGGCCUGUCCUACGCCAUGGCGAACACUGGCAUCAUUCUCUUUUUGGUCCUCCUCGUCGCCGUGGCCAUCCUGUCCUUGUAUUCUGUACACCUUCUCCUUGUGACGGCAAAAGAAGGAGGAUCCCUCAUCUACGAAAAGCUGGGCGAGAGAGCAUUCGGUUGGCCGGGGAAAAUGGCAGCAUUCGUGUCGAUAACCAUGCAAAACAUCGGAGCCAUGUCCAGCUACCUCUUUAUCGUGAAGUACGAGCUGCCCGAGGUGAUCCGAGCCUUCUUGGCUUUAGAAGAAAAUUCCGGUGAAUGGUACCUGAAUGGCAACUACCUGGUGGUGUUUGUGUCGAUCGGAAUCAUCCUGCCUUUGUCUCUCCUGAAGAAUCUGGGCUACCUUGGCUACACCAGUGGGUUUUCCCUUACCUGCAUGGUCUUCUUCCUGGGUGUGCUCAUCUACAAAAAGACCCAGCUGCCCUGCCCUCUUCCUUUCUUCUCCCACCACUCGUCCAACCUGAGCAUGAACGCCUCGGACACGGCGGGUAUGUUCGCGCUGCAAAACCGCUCGUCACAAAUGGACUUCUCCCGGGCCGACGUUUCCCCGGCGGUCCAGGGCAGCCACGACGCCCACCACUCCACCGGUGUCCACUUUGAGCCGCACCCCGACGACGAGGAGAUGUGCACGCCCAAAUACUUCAUCUUCAACUCACAGACGGCAUACACCGUGCCGAUCCUGGCCUUUGCCUUCGUCUGCCACCCGGAAGUUCUGCCCAUCUACAGUGAGCUGAAAGAUCGCAGCAGGAAAAAGAUGCAGAACGUCUCCAACCUGUCCAUCUUGGCCAUGCUCAUCAUGUACAUGCUGUCGGCAUUGUUUGGCUACCUCACCUUUUAUGACAACGUGGAGGCAGAGUUGCUCCACACCUUCACCAAGGUGUACAAGUUCGACACCAUGUUGCUGAUGGUGCGUUUGGCUGUCCUCACUGCCGUCACCCUGACCGUCCCCAUCGUGCUGUUCCCCAUCCGCUCCUCCAUCAACACGUUGCUAUUCAGCGGCCGAGACUUCAGCUGGACUCGCCACCUGCUGAUCGCCGCCGCAAUUCUGGCCUUCAACAACCUGCUGGUGAUCUUCGUCCCGACCAUCAGAGACAUCUUCGGCUUCAUCGGUUCUUCUGCGGCGACCAUGCUCAUCUUCAUCCUACCUGCCGCCUUUUACAUCCGCCUAGUAAAAUCAGUGCCAUUCCGCUCCCCGCAGAAGAUCGGGGCGACCGUCUUCCUGGUCGUGGGAAUCGUCUUCAUGAUCGGCAGCUUGUCACUCAUUGUCCUCGACUGGGUUCACAACCCCCCGGGCUCCAGCGGCGGUCACUAAGCUCCUCGGGUUCACGUGAAAGAGUGCAGCGAUGCCCCGACACGCCACCGCCGCCUCCCGCACCGCCAAGUUCAAGUUCUCCCACGGAACUCAGCUGUUCCCACAUCUGGGGAGCGACGUUUAUCAGAGGUUCCCCUUCCCUACAUCAGAUUUUAAACAUCAAUCAUAAAACCUCAACAUGAAAGACAUAAAGAUGCGCUGCACUGGGUUAAGACAUCUUCACUUUUCCCUCGCCGGAGGGACUUUUUUUUUUUUUUUGCUCGGUAUAUAUUUAGUUUGUCUCGUUUUUUCUUUGAUGCUGUAAAGUUCUGGAUGUGACACAACACAGUCAAGAGAGAGAAUCAAGACCCAUACGGGGUUGGGGGUUGGAAACAGACUCUGGUUUAAGGUGCCGGUAAGCCAGCCUGAAAUAAUCAUCAUCAUCAUCAUCAUCAUGACCAUGAUCACUUUCAUUUCCAGCUAUGAAGAGACAGAACAAACACAUGAUGUGUAGCAAUCACCGGAAGCAGAUCUGUGAACUGCAAAUUUUGCAUGGCCGGAGGGACAAUGCGAGUCCAUCGGUGCUCUGUGCACUUGAAGGUGGAGUGCGUUGUCCCCCGUGAAACGAGGAGCACUUAGCACUGGCUUUACACUUGAGUUACUUGAGUAAAAUCACUCAGAGUGUAGAGCUAACACAACGUGUGCACAUAUGUAAACACAUUGAAACACCACAGCAACGUCACGCGGAAAAAAAAUCCCGAACUCAAUCGAAGCCGUCGGCCGAUCUAAAAGGCAACGGUCAAUCUGUGACUUCAGUCGGUCAUGUAGAACCCUUUUUCCUGGAGAUUUUGGUUUAAUUUGCUGAAGCUUUGCUAAAGUCUACAUGCACAUACUGCUUUGGUCAACCUGCUCGAGCUUCCCCUCUGUGCACACAAACCCAAGGGGACACUUUCGCUAUUACUGUCACGUCUGAGCGUGCAAGCCAACUCCUUGUAAAACCACUUUCUUAUAAUUUGGUUUUAAUUGAAAUUAGAUGUAAAAAAAAAAAAUCAAAUAACAAAAAUUAGAUGAUAAAGCUUUGGAAGUGAUGCUCAGUGGAUUUUGACUUCACCAAGCCAGGCUAACUGUUUUUUUCUGGCACAUUCAGUCUUUAUGCUAAAUAUGAAGCAUACAGUAGAAUUUCCUCAUCUACAUCUUGGCAACACAUUGAAUUAGCCUUUCUCUUUUCCCACAGUCAAAGUUUUUCUUUAAAGAGUACUGGACGAUAUCACACACUUCAUGACUCAGCAAGCUCAAAAAUUGUGCUUCUUUUCUAAUAUUGGACCUCAAUUUGUAAGAAUUUGUGUCUUUACAUGGUCAUGGUGAACCUGUAUGAGGGGAAACAACGUAUUUUAAUUGUUACCGUUCUAGUAAAUCAGUAUUCACUCAAGUCAUUGUACACUCAUUAACAUUUUUAAGAUUGACUAAUAUCGUAAAUCUAAUCUUUUAAUCAGAUCGAGAUUGUAACUAUAGAUGAUUCUUUUUUUAUUUAUACAAUUUGGACUGUUCUCAUUGUGAUUAGCUUCCUGUAGCUACUGGUGCCUUUGGUAGAAUCAACGACGGCAAAAAUCCACGCCCCAGAUUUGGUCAUUUCACGUUUUCUCCGGUGGCGUCACGUGUCAAGAACACAAUCAGCCAAAGUGGACAACAUUUAUAGAUCCUUUGCGGAUCUAUGUACAUGAAACAAAUAGAUAUUUCAAAUGAAAUAGUGUAUUAUGCGCAUGUUUUUUAGGAUGACAAACAUGGUCUUUUUGGACAAUUGUAUAUGCUCUGUAAAUAAUCUUUAUUUUAUGGUACACUUACUCUCAUCGUCUGUGAGUGUGUUGUUGGGGGAUUCUGCCUUACAAGUCUUCUGCAGUCAAGUGUUUGUUUUAGUACGUAUAUAUGUAUAUAUAUAUAUACAUAUAUAUAUACAUAUAUAUAUAUUAAUAUAUAUAACUUGUAUUAGACAUUUUUCUUGCUGUAUGACUGUAUUUUUUCCCCCCCCAUUAUUUGACGCUUGUAUAUUUGUAGAAAAUUGGGUCUCUAUAUAUCCAUUGUCAUUUUUUUGUGUUAACUUGUCAUAUGAGGAUGAAUCAAUCAACCGCCGGCUUCAUAACAGUUUAUAACAAGGUUGUCGCACCAACAAGAUUCUGUAUCUUAUAGGUUCCAAAUUUAAGCCACAAUCAAGCAGGACUGAGCUUGAACAUGUUUUUUGGAAAACCGGCGUUGGGACCGAAUCAAGACGAGAUCAUCCAACAUAUUUUUUUUGCCCCACACACCAGGAGGGUUCUUACAGGCAGAACACCGUAAUAAUUUGUGAUACGAGUUUAUAUUUUUCUGUUAUUUAUCAAAUGACGUGAUAUCAUGUGUGCUAACAUGUAGCCAUACACUGAUGUUAACGAGUUGCUGUGUACCAUAGAACGAGAUCAAUAGAACGAUUCGGAACCUUCCUUUUUUCUGCCAACUCUACGUGAACAAUCGUACGCAGCACCUCGCUGUGGCUCACAACGUUUAUCACUGCCGUCAUUUCAAAAAAAAAAUUGUUGACGACAUCGUAUUUCAUGAUGUUACUUGAACUGAAGCUUUCCACUGUCUGAUUAAGUCAGCAAGUUUCUUGAUGGUAUAGGGUCCACGCGGUCCGUUCAGUAUCUGCUAUGAGUGUUCCACAAAAGGAUUGUUCUCAGUUUUAAUAUCUGGCAUACUUGUUCUAAACUAAUUUUUACGAACGUUUGCCUGCAACUCAAUCGGCCUCCUGCUGUCAGCGGCUUAUCCGACCCGCCGGCGGUCUGUGUCAGAGAUGUGUGUGUCUUCCUCAAGUUUUGGGUUUCAUCAUUUUUUUUUUAAAGAAAGAGAGGCAGAGUGAUUUUGCAGAAUGCUCCCGACGCCACACCUCUACUCCCUUUAGUGUCUCAGGUAUUCAGUCUGGAGGAACUUUCCACCUCACUCUUGGACGAAUUUGAAUCCCUUUUGCACGAUUGAGCCAAUAUGUACAAUGCUGUUGUACAUUGAGCUGGCCUUGAAGAGAAGCCGUCUCGCGGCUGUAAUGAAAUGCAGACGCAAUCCCAGCCAAUGUCGACAGUGUUACGAGACGAGUUGUAUAGAAAGCCUGCCUUAUUUUUUCUAUGGACCCUCGGCCGUGGAGAGGCACGUCUCUCUGCUGUUCACAGCGCGUCUGCUUCCUGUGGAUCAGGCGUUUGUUUGUUUUUUAUCCGUGAUGCUGUUUCAUUAUUGAUGACCAAUAAAAAUGUGAAAUGGAAAA